UUAAAAUUAAAAUUGUUGGAAGGAAAGAGUAGGAUAUUUUUUUUAUCCGGAAAUGGAGACAUCCCUGAGAUAUGGAGAAGAUUCCAAAGCUUUACGAAUCCACGGCAAGGAAAAAUUCCGAAUCGACUCCAACACCUACUUCCAGGUGCACGCUGAGCUUGAUACCAAACUUGGACAACCCACUUCCUCCAGUGCCCUCAUAAGACAUUUCUAUCCCAGUUUAUCGGCAACCCUAGGCGUUGGAUUGCGAUAUGAUAAACGUGACAAGUGGCGCUAUACUGUAAAUGCUAAGAAAACAUUUCCCGUCUCACUUGACGGCUUCCUCAAUUUUAAAAUUAAGGGAGGAUGUGAUGUUGACACUGAGUUUAAAGAGAGGAAGUCCAGAGGAGCUGCCGAGUUUUCCUGGAACAAGUUCAAUUUUCAGAAGGACCAAGAUGUUAGAUUUAGGAUUGGCUAUGAAAUUUUUGAACAGGUUCCUUACCUGCAGAUUAGGGAGAAUAAUUGGACACUAAAUGCAGACUACAAAGGUAGAUGGAACGUGAGAUAUGAUUUGUGAGAAGUGCAGAGAGCUUUUUUCUGUAGACAAUAGACUUGUUCUGCUUGUCAUUUUUUUGUAGACGUGUUCUGUUUCUCACCCCAACCUUAUGCCCCGCCCUUACAAAAAGGGACCAUUCAUAAAUCUAUGUUUAGUCGUGCGAAUUACUUUGCAUGAGGAACUAAAGUGAUUGAUUGAAAAUGAAGUUCGGAUAUGAUUUAAUAUUUAUAUUUAUUUUACAA